GUGAAAAGGACAAGAAAGGAGGUAAUUUUACUUACUAGUAGAAGGAAGUUCCGUGUUGAGUGUUCUUACCAUCGCUCUCGCAUUCGCAUAAGCGUUCUACUUUCGGAGGAAAUUCAUCACAGAAAUACAAGUACAUGCUACAUAUCGGCAUCGAACCUGAAGAAUAGCAACGAGCGAAGCGGUGAUAUACCCCCGUCGGGUAUUGCUGUUGCCGGUUUCGAUAGGAUAAUAUCACGCCUCCUCCUAUGGAUAUUGGGGGUUAGGUUUGCUCCACGAACAAUAGUUGGACGAGUAGACUUUGUCUUUGACGUUCGGACGCGGAACGACGUACGUCGUUGCUUCACGAGUGAAUUGCAGAUCGAAGCCAAAGAACGGCAACCAGCGAAGCAACGGCACGCUUGCUGUUGCCGCGUUGUUCGAUAUGGCAGAUCCAAACCAGCACGCACCGGGAAUACAUGCAGUCGAGACGGUUUCGUCGGUAAUCAUACAUUUCCCUCUUCAACUACCUGAGAUAGUGUCUGUGCAUACCUCCACCUCUGAAGACUGUGAGUGAAUAGACCACUUACAACUAGAAAGACUUUCACUUUGACUUAUCUGUCGUCGAAAGAAAUAGUUAUAAAUCAAUAACCUGGAGGAAGUGGAAGUGCUCUAUCCUUCUCCGUCUCUCUGUAUUGCUAAUUCGAAAACUCAAAAUGUGCGAGUUACUGACUGAAAUAAGAGAGUAGUUUAUCGAACAUCUAGUUGCGCGCUUCCUAGAAACAGGCUUGUUGAAGUUUUUUAUCUCCCUGAUUUUCAAUAGUUAAGACUCGGUUAUUUGUAUUUCAUUUUCAGUAUCCUAUCAAGUUCGUCAAGUUCAAUAGUACAUAUUCUAGGUGGCAACUCUCGGUCCAGUAGUGCGGGAUGUGGCGACAGUAGAGCAUCACGCGGUGCCUGUCCAGGAACAUGUGCUGGGAUCGCGGUAUAAAGAAGGCGACGCGCUACACCCGGGUGAGAUUAUCGGAGUGCGCAGAGCUGAUGGUAUAUAUACCUCAAGAUAUUAUUGUUUGUGUUUGGAACCAUAUCCAUACAGAAUGUUGGGAUUUCUGGACAUCAUGGACGACAUGAUCCCAGUCUGGUAAAGAUGCUGCUUCUGUAAUUCGACGAUGAAUUCGACGAGGAUCAUAAACAAAUUAUAACAAGUUGUACCACACCAGGUGGAGGCGACAGCGCUUUACAAGCAUCGAGGGAAGAGCAAGAAAGGCAGGAUUUGCUACUAAAAAUUCAUGGUCAGGACUCACGGAUAGUGGAGUUGCGAGCUAAAUGCAAAGCAGAAAGGGAUCGAAAACUGAAAAUACUUGAUGACCUCAGAAAUCGAAUGCUUAAGCUGGAGGGGAUAGUGGUAUUUCCAUUUUUUUAUUUCCUAUGAAUGUAAUCCUUUUUCUAUCUUUCCUAGGUAGGUUGGCUCCACCACAAAAUAUGAUACUAAUAGCAAACCCGAGCGCCAAGCUUGCUUCAGCUAGACCACAGAGAUGCUCUAGCAAGCUUGCCAAGCUACACCACAUACGAAGGAGAAUAUAAAUAAGGAAGAAAAGAAGAAAUAUUACUAUUAUUCCAAACAAGCACAUCAAUCAAUCAGUCAGUCAAUCAAUCAAUCAAUCGAUUUAGAUUUGCUUGUUGCAUCUGAGGCAAAUCAAAUGAUGACUAUAAGAUGAUAGAUUUGCUUGCAUCUGAGGCCAAUCAAACGAUGACUCAAUGAGAAUAAGAUGAUAGAUUUGCUUUCCUCAGACUGAGACAGGGAAGCCUACUGAUCCAUCAGCUUCUUGCCACUGUACAACCCUUUCAUCAUCUACUAGCUUGCAAGUCGGCUAAUACCAACGAACGAGGGACCCCCUCUGGCGGCAAACGCGAGACCGGUUGCGUCACAACAGACAGAACUGGUCAUGGAGAGAGUUGCGACGGUGCCGCAGCUUGCAACAACGCGGUAGUACUGAACAUUACAUUUUCUUUUUGCUUUUCCUUGCUGUGUUAGUUGUAGCAGUAUAAACACUGGGCACUCUACUUCUAUUACUAGGGUUUCAGGGAAUAUAUCUGGGAGAUUUUUACGAAGAUAUUCAAAUCAUCAAAACUCGAAGUCCAUCUGUAUCAUGGUGAUAGAAGCAGUGUUUCAAGACCAAGAUCUUCUCCUAGAAUUUAGUAUCACCACUUCUCCUACUCCUCCGGAGUUCGAAAAUUUCAAAUUUUCAGACUACCUGCCGGGGCCACUUCUGAUUCACAAACGUCGGCGAAGCUCGCCGCAUCUAAAACGGGCAGUAACGUUCAGAGUGGACUUAAGAGGUCAGAUUUUUUCGCUAGACCAUUGGGCCCGAAACAGUAUAACCCAGGACUCGAAAGCACCCAAGGUCACAAGUCAAUGGGCGCGAUGUCAAACGACUUUACUCGCAUACCCGAUCCACAUGUUAUGGCCCUCUAUUUUGCAUGAUAAGUACUACUAGUAGGAGCGGGUUUGUCCUCACGUGGCAAACCGUAACUUCUAAGAACGUAAACGUCGUAGGGGACGAUCAUAGAAGAAGUGCAAUAGUACUUCUGGUACUUCUUCUCCUUAGCAAUUUGAAUUUGAAUUUUCUGAGCUGCUCUAAUCUGCGAACUGGGGACGUCUACAUGCUUACACCGAGAGGGCCACCCUAAGCAUGUUUGUCGUCAUGUCUGUCUUCCUUUGUUCACCUUCAACAUAUUAGUUUGUCUUCGAAUUCGAAAUGCUGAUGACAUGUUGUUGUACCAAGUAGUCCUUUCUCCUGUAAGGAACCUCAAAAAUCAAAAAGAUUCAAGAAGUGAAAGAAUUGCAGUCCGGACGUGGUCGUGAUGAUGUGUGUUGGGCCGUUCUAUGCAGAAGUUGUUAUAUUUGGUGAAUUAUAUGAAGACAGUUAACUACGGGGAUCGUACUUAUGACUCUCAGCCUGGUGUCUCAGCCUGGUGCGAUCCAACGAUGAUGAUGCGAUGUGAUUGGUGACAGCUGUCAAUGUGAAAAUCUUUCAUCGGUG